UGGAUCCACGAGAAGGGAGAGAAUAAAGUAGACCCUGAUUUUGGAACCUGAAGACCAAGGUUCAAGACCAGCUCUGCUGCUUCUAGCUGUGGGGCCUUGGGCGGACGGCCCUGGGCCUUAGCUUAUUUUCCUGUGAAAUGGAAAUGAUGGCAAUCCCUCCCUGUGCAGGUCAUUACAAGUGAGGAUAUAAUGACCCAGGGGUUGUAAAACGAUUUUAUCAACCACACCAUCAUUAAGGGCGCCCAUUUCCAGGUUCUUCCAGGCCUCCAGGCUCCCAAGGCCUGAGUGGGUGGCACUCGGGUAGACGCAUCUCCGCGAGAGGCCGAGGACACAGCCAGCAUGAACUGGACAUUUCUGCAGGGCCUCCUGAGUGGGGUGAACAAGUACUCCACAGCGCUGGGCCGCAUCUGGCUGUCGGUGGUGUUCAUCUUCCGCGUGCUGGUGUACGUGGUGGCUGCCGAGGACGUGUGGGACGACGAGCAGAAGGACUUCGUCUGCAACACCCGCCAGCCAGGCUGCCCCAAUGUCUGCUACGACCACUUCUUCCCUGUGUCCCACGUGCGCCUCUGGGCCCUGCAGCUCAUCCUGGUCACGUGCCCCUCGCUGCUCGUGGUCAUGCACGUGGCCUAUCGCGAGGAGCGGGAGCGGAGGCACCGCGAGAAACACGGACCCAAUGCCCCAUCCCUGUACAACAACCUGAAUAAGAAGCGGGGCGGGCUCUGGUGGACAUACUUGCUGAGCCUAAUCUUCAAGGCUGCCGUGGACUCGGCCUUCCUCUACAUCUUUCAUCGCCUCUAUGAGAAUUACAACAUGCCACGCGUGGUGGCCUGCAGUGUAGACCCUUGUCCCCAUAUUGUGGACUGUUACAUCUCCAGGCCCACAGAGAAGAAGAUCUUCACCUACUUCAUGGUGGGCACAGCUGCCAUCUGCAUUCUGCUCAACCUCAGUGAGGUCACCUACCUAGUGGGCAAGAGGUGCAUGGAGAUCCUGGGUCCCAGAGGCCGGAAGUCUCGGCACCGGCAUCACCUGCCUGACACGUGCCCACCCUAUGUGAUCUCCCAGGAAAGGCACCCCCAGGAUGGGAACUCUGUCCUAACGAAGGCUGGGUCGGCCCUCAUGGACGAAAGUGGGUAUCCAUAA